CUUCGCAUAAUUUUGGGCGCUAUGAAAUCAUCCCCGAUUAAUGGACUCCAAAUCGAAUGCGUGGAUCCUCCCCUUUACCUUCGUAGGCAAUUCCUUAGUGAUCGAUUUUUUAUUAAAGCAGUGCAACAUGCUUCUCACCCUCUUCUGGAACGGUUACAGAUGUUGUCGCAGGCGACGAGGGAAUCUGCUAAUUAUAAAACGCCGUGUGUGCUCCAUAGUUUUAACAAAUUCUGGAAACCUUCCCUGCCCAUAGAGCAGUUCACUCGACUCCCAAUAUUUAACAAUAAUUUUAAAUCACUAACAUUUAAACCAGAGAUCAUCCUCAAUUUUGGCAUUAACAAAGAUUCUCCUCACGCAUCUAAACUGUUAAAAGAAAAAUUAGCUACCAAAUACGAAGGCUGGCUUCCGAUUUACACGGAUGCCUCUAAAUUGCAGGAAGGUGGUGCUGUAGGAUCAGCCGUAUGGAUACCUGCCUACAAAGUACUCCUUAACUACAAACUCCCACCGCUAACCUCUGUGUUUACCGGAGAAGCGGUCUCUCUCCUUGAGGCAAUCCAGUUUGCUGAAUCCCAUAAUUUAGGGCACUGCGGUAUUCCCGGUAACGAGACUGCAGACUUAUGUGCUAAACAGGCCAUUACCAGUGGCUCCCCAACUUAUGACAAAGUGUACCACCAUGAUCUUCUCACCCUGGCGCAUGAUCAUCUACUGAGAUCAUGGCAGGUCGAUUGGCAAAACACCAGAAAUCGGGCAGGUAAAUACUACUACGAGAUUCAAAAAUGUAUCCCAAACAAACCCUGGUUUUUUAAACAAAAACUGUUCAGUAAACAGGCCGUAUCCAUCAUCUGUCGCCUAAGGCUUGGGCAUGCAUGCACACCCGUCCAUCUUGCUAAAAUUAGGAUAAGGGAUACCUCUCUGUGUGAGUGUGGCGUUGAGGAUGGCACCACAGAUCAUGUUCUUUUUAACUGCCCUAAGCUGAACAUUUCUCUUUACGAUUUACUCCCUCAAGAUGUCCCUCGUCCAACCAACAUAAAGUGCAUCCUCGAGAUGUCCAAGCCCUCCCCUUUUAAAAUUUUAAAAAAAUUUUUGGCAAUUAACCAAUUAAAAUUGUAAAAUGUUUACCUUUUUCUGUUUUUUCCCUUUUUGUAUUCUAUCUAAUUAUUUAUUUACUUUUAAUUUCUUAUAUAACCCCUAUCUAAAACUACACUGCUUGCAUUAACUCAUCAUUAAUAUACCUAUAACUUUUAUUAACAACCCUGUUUUAUUAGGCUAUGCUUUGUGUUGUCCUGUGAUGUUGCAACUGUGUGCUUUAUUUUAGAUAAACCCGCUUCGAGUCUCACAGACAGCAGUAAGGAUCAAAAUUAUAUUUGAAAACAAAUCCACUCCUCCCGUGUAGAGGCUACCUACGACGUGACAUUGGCGGAAUUGUGAAAGUC